AUGGGUACAAGAGAGGACGAAUACGAUUAUUUGUUCAAAGUGGUUUUGAUAGGAGACUCGGGAGUUGGUAAAAGCAGUCUUCUCUCACGUUUUACUAGAAAUGAAUUCAACUUAGAAUCAAAAUCUACAAUAGGGGUUGAGUUUGCAACAAGAAGUAUAGAGGUGGACGGUAAAACCAUAAAAGCUCAAAUAUGGGAUACAGCGGGUCAAGAGAGGUACCGUGCGAUAACCUCUGCCUACUACCGAGGUGCGGUCGGCGCCCUGCUCGUCUACGAUAUAGCGAAACACCUGUCGUACGAGAACGUGGAGAGAUGGCUCCGCGAGUUGCGCGAUCACGCCGACCAGAAUAUAUUGAUUAUGCUCGUGGGCAACAAGAGCGAUCUUAGGCACCUUAGAUCUAUCCCAACAGAAGAGGCAAAGGCAUUCGCGGAACGGAACGGGCUUAGUUUUAUUGAAACGUCCGCCCUCGACUCGACCAACGUCGAGCCGGCAUUCCAGAAUAUAUUAACCGAGAUCUACAGGAUCGUAUCUCAGAAGCAGAUGCGCGACCCGCCCGAGGGCGACGUGAUCCGGCCGGACGCGGAGCCGGCCGACGUGCGGCCCUCCGCCGACUCCGUGCGCCGGCAGUGCUGCCAG